UUGUAUUGUGGAGUAUAGAAUAUGAAUAUCAUUAAAUUAUAAACAAAUAUAAAAAGAAAAUUCAGAAGAUUUCAUAGGAUAAGUAACAAAACCCAAAAUCACUCAACAGAAAAAAGUAAAACCCAGUUCAUCAUUCCUCUCUCUUUCUUCAAAUUCAGAGUUGAGAGCAUCCACAUUGCCGAAGGAAGAUAAAAUAAAGAUUCACAAGUGACUUAAAACAAAUUAUUCUGUCACAACCUUAAAGAAAAUAAAAGCUAUCAAUGUGUUUAAAUGGUGGGUAUUGAAUGGUGAUUCAUUGUUGAGCAAUCUGUUAUUAUUUGAUUGAUCAAUGCUUUUGAAUUUGCUGAUAUAACUGGAUCAUACAGGAUUGCUCAAAUGAAUUGGAAUCAACACAUGGAUGCUCAUUAUAUUGGGAACAAUGCUCCUUACAAUAGUGCUGGAAGUUUCAUGGAUUUCUUUGCUGGUCUUACAUAUGAUCAUGUGAAUUUCAUCUUUUCUGGUUCACAAAUGCAGGAUAGUGUAUACUCACCAGUUACCGCAGGUUAUUAUAAAUUUGGGUAUUCCGAUCCUGGACCUGUUCAAUAUCACAAUAAUAGUCCAUCUUAUGAGGUCUAUGAUCAUAUAGUGGGUAUGGAUGAAUACACUCGAAGGCCUGCUGAUUUUUUUUCUGGUGAGCAGACAACUGCUUCAAAUCAGCAUUCAGAAAGGAUGUCAAACAUACACGUAAAUACCAGCAAUCGAGAUUGUCCCAGAAGUCAUCACAAUUCUCAAGAUUAUCAGGCUGUUUGGCAAGACAAUAUAGAUCCAGACAACAUGAGUUAUGAGGAAUUACUUGAGUUGGGUGAGACUGUUGGAACUCAUAGUCGUGGACUUUCCCAAGAGCAGAUUUCCUUGCUUCCAGUCUCGAAGUUCAAAUGUUGUUUUCUCUUGAGAAGAAAGUACCGAUCUGACAGAUGUGUAAUAUGUCAAAUGGAAUAUAAACGUAGAGAUCGUCUGAUCACUCUCCCCUGCAAACACAAGUAUCAUGUUGGUUGCGGAACCAAAUGGCUUAGCAUCAAUAAGGCUUGCCCAAUUUGUUAUACGGAGGUGUUCAUUGAUGCAAACCAGAAGUUUAAGUAGUAACUUUUACGAUUAGCAUCAACUAUGUUCAUUUGUUAUUCUUUUUUGACUUGUUGGUUCUCUCUCUCCUAUAGAUCUUUCUGUCUCUUUUCUGGGUUUUUUUCAAUAGGAUAGUUAGUUCAUGUUAGUAAACUUAUAUUUGAGAAAUAGACUUCAAAUCCUGGUGAAAUUCCAAAACGAGGUUAGUUGUUGCGGGUAUAUUUAUGAUUUUCAUCGUAAUUCUAGUGGAAUACUUGUACAGUUGGUUUCCUUCAACGAUGCUUUUGAACUUGUCAACAUGAGACUUGGAGUUGAACAACAUUUAGCUUGUGUUUUGAAAUCGAACCUCCAAUGCAAGCUUCUGGCCAUCCUCUGCAGCUCCAUCACUUGCUUGGGCAAAACCUCUUUUUGCUUUCCCGAGAAAGUAACCAUUUCAGCCGAGCAUGCCUUGAUGCAAGUCCUCACGCCUUGUUCAACCCAAUGCUCAUCGACUCGCCCAAAGUUCAUGCUAUCUGAUCACUUGCUCUUCUGAGCAACAUCCUCUUGCUGCUAUUAUCUCACCAUUAGCCAUCUCUUGGCACGGGCUUCUUCUUUCUCGCUAAGCACGCACUGUAUUUUUCAUUAUGAGCCGUUCCUUAUAUUAUGAGCAACAUCUUCAGUUUAUAUUGGUAGG